CGCACUCGUUUUAUCGAUGAUACUUCAAUUAUACUAUAAAAGCAGAACUCUGAGCUCAACCAAACAGAACAUUGCUUGUGGGAACAACUAGCAUGGCUCGCUUCAUCACCCUCUGUAUCGCUGCUGCGAUGGCCCUUCAAGUUGUCUGGGGCCACCAUGAAGGUGAAGAUGCAGGGCAAUGCUUCAAUCAGCAAUGCCUUCUUUUGACAACGAUAAAACAAUUGGCCACACACGCAGAACUCUUACCGCUUGACACCCCCUUGAUCCUCCCAAUCAUCACGAAAGGUGCGAAUGGAUAUGCCGUUUCAAAGAAGGGUGAAAACUUUCUAGCCGCCUCUGUGCAACCCGAAGUCGCUGCCGUUCAUUCCGCCCAAGUUCCAAUCAACAAACAGGCUGAAGAAGCCACUCGCCAACAGGACCUCUUGGUAUCCAAGUUGCCUGCUGGAAAACUGGCUUCUACUCUGAGUGAAGCUGUCGCCACUCAGGUCGCGGCUGCCAAAGCCACAGUUCCCCAAAACCUUGGAGCUGCUGAUAUUCACGAGGUCGCUCGCCAGCAGGAACUUCUGUCCCAGGUCAAGGCAUCAAUUCCUCAGGUAUCCCUUCCCGUCAACCUUCCUAAGGUUCAAGCUGCCGUUCCCAAUGCUGACGCCGUUACUUCCAAAGUCAACUCUGCUCUCCCACUUGCUGGCACAGUUCCUAACGCUCAGGCUGCCGUUCCCGUUCAGCUUUCAAAGCUUAACGUCCACGAGGUCAUUCGCCAGCUAGGACUCCUCUCGAACGGUCCUCUCAACACCCCGGUUUCUCUUGCCAAGGUUCAAGCUGCCGUUCCCAAUGUUGGUGCCGUCGCUUCAAAAGUCACCUCUGCCCUCCCAGUUGAAGUUCCUAACGUUCUGGCCGCAGUUCCCGCCGUUUCCACUGUGACUGGUGCCCUGCCUUUGAAUGCUAAGCUCAACACUGGAGCCCUAUCCAACCUCCCCAUUGUUGGCAGCCUGGGUCUCAGAUGCAACUCAUGCAAGAAGAAAUAGCAAACGAAGAUACAGAAGAGCAAGCAAUGAUUGAAAAAGAUCCUCAAUGGUGAAAUGCAAAAAAAAUCUGAGGAUUGUACUUUCCUAAAAAAAAAAAAAAAAACUGCUAGCGGAUGCAUUAUAAAAUUUUUCUCUUAAAUUUUGUGAACACAAAAGUUGGAGAAAGCAAAAAUAAAAUUAUUUUAUGCAUCAGAA